UCUAUUCUGUAGAUCUGUGACAAUCUGUGCUCUCAAUAGUCCAUAUAUUUUUGUUUUAUUAUUUGUUGCUUGUCACAAAAACAUAUAUUUGGGAAAGAACUAUUAUAUUUGAAUAUUAAUUGAUUUUGGAUUUUUAAUUCGAUAUGACUACAGCAGCUAGACCCACGUUUGAUCCAGCUAGAGGGGGUCAAGGACGUGGAGAAAAAGAUUUAAGUGCCAUAUCUCGUCAAUAUUCCAGCAGAGAUCUUCCAGGUCAUACAAAAUUAAAAUAUCGUGAACAAGGUCAAGGUACUACAGAAGAACUGCGAUCACGAGAUUUUCGCAAGGAAUUAGAUGAUAGAGAAAAAGAUGGCAAGGGACAAGGCACAAGGAGACAGAAUGAGCCCCCAGUGAAAAGAACUAAAAUAGACCAAGUACCUGCAGCAAGUUUAGAUGCUGAUGAUCCACUUGAAGGUGACUCCUCUGACUCUGAUGACUCCGACGAUGACACUGCGGCAUUGUUAGCGGAAUUAAAUAAAAUUAAGAAAGAACGUGCUAUAGAACAAGCUAAGAAGGACGCUGAGAAAAAACAAGAAGAAGAAAGAAUACGAAUGGAAAAUAUCUUAUCUGGAAAUCCAUUAUUAAAUUAUUCAGCAUCAGGGCAAAAAAAUGAUUUAAAGGUUAAAAGGCGUUGGGAUGAUGAUGUGGUCUUUAAAAAUUGUGCCCGAUCCGAACCUGAGAAAAAACUGAACACCUUCAUAAAUGAUUCAUUGAGAUCCGAAUUUCAUAAAAAGUUCAUGGAGAAAUAUGUAAAAUAAUAAUUGUACUGUAUUAUUAAAUUUAGAUGAACGAAAAUGUGACGAACUUCCCAUUAUAUUAACAUUGAAUAAGUUUUAUAAUUUAAUAACUCCUUCUUUAAUAUAAGUAAUAAAUUGUUUUAAUGUG